UCUCUUCCUUUGGCCCCCACCCUGGGGGGGAAAGCAGAGAACCCAGCUGAUUCCCAAGGCCUUCACCCCUACACUCCUGUCCCAGGAAGCCAAGAUGUGGCAGCAGAAGCCAUGGCUGGUGCUACUCCUUGUCACCUCCUUCACAGGUUUGUGCCUGGCUGGUGAGCUGAAGACGUCAGCUCUGGUUACCGUGGUCCUGGGUCAAGAUGCAGAGCUGCCUUGCUUCUACAGUGGAGAGCCUGGGGAGCAGGUGAAGCAGGUGGCUUGGGCCAGAGUUGGAGGGGUGGAGGGAACUACAGAACUGGCCUUGCUCCAUGACACAUACGGUCUGCAUGUGAGUCCCACCUAUGAGGGACGAGUGGAGCGGCUGCCACCACCUCAGGAUCCAAAUGACGGUGCCAUACUCUUGAGGAAUGCUGUGCAGGCUGAUGAGGGGGACUACGAGUGCCGAGUUAGCACUUUCCCUUCUGGCAGUUUCCAGGCGGGGCUCCAUCUUCGAGUGCUUGUGCCCCCUCUGCCCACAAUGAACCUGGGUCCCGCCCUGGAAGAAGGCCAAGGUCGAACACUAGCAGCCUCCUGCACAGCCGAGGGCAGUCCUGUGCCCAGCGUGACCUGGGACACAGUAGUCAAGGGAAUGGUCGAUAGCCGUUUGUCUAAUCACCCGAGAUCAGCUUCAGUCACCUCAGAGUUCCACCUGGUGCCAAGCCGGACCAUGAAUGGGCAGUCCCUCACUUGUGUGGUGUCCCACCCCGGCCUGCCAGAGGACAAAAGGAUCACACACAUGCUCCGAGUUGCCUAUCUAGCUGAGGCCUCGGUGUGGGGCCAUGAAGACCCCGAAUUAUGGCACGUGGGUCGGGAAGGUGUCAUGCUCAAGUGUGUGAGUGAGGGGCAGCCCCCACCUUCCUACAACUGGACUCGGCUGGAUGGGCCUCUGCCCAGCGGGGUUCGAGUGGAAGGAGGCACCCUGAUCUUCCCCCCACUGACUGCUGAGCACAGCGGCACCUACGUCUGCCGCGUCAGCAAUGAGGUCUCUUCUCGGGACACCCAAGUCACUGUGGCUGUCACAGCAGAGGAUCAAGCCCCACCAGUGGAUGUGGACGUGGUUUCUGCCUCCAUGGUGGCAGUCGGAGUGAUUGCUGCCCUGCUGCUUUGCCUCCUGGUUGUGGUGGUGGUGCUCAUGUCCAGAUACCACCGACGCAAGGCCCAGCAGAUGACCCAGAAAUAUGAGGAGGAGCUGACCUUGACGCGGGAGAAUUCCAUCCGCAGACUUCAUUCCCACCACGCAGAACCACGGAACCAGCCUGAGGAGAAUGUAGGGCUUCGAGCUGAGGGCCACCCCGAUAGUCUCAAGGACAACAGUAGCUGCUCUGUGAUGAGUGAAGAGCCCGAGGGCCGAAGUUACUCCACUCUGACCACAGUGAGAGAGAUCGAGACCCAGACUGAGCUGCUAUCACCAGGCUCUGGACGAACAGAAGAGGAAGAAGAUCGAGAUGUCGGAAUCAAGCAGGCCAUGAACCACUUUGUCCAGGAGAACGGGACUCUCCGAGCCAAGCCCACGGGCAAUGGCAUCUACAUCAAUGGACGGGGACACCUAGUCUGACCCUCGGCCGGGCCUCUGCCUCAACUAUCCAGUGGCCCUCCCCAGACCCAUGUUGGGAGACAUUUGCAUGUCCUUGCACCCAGUGCCCCUGAAACAAAGGCCUGUGGGCCUAUUGACUUCUGCCCUGUUUCUGGGCCCCUUCCCCAGCUUCUACUUAGAGGUGCCCUUCUGGGUUUGGCCUCUCCUGGUGCUAGUCACUGUGCCUGUGUGUGAAUGCAAGACUGAGUGUGCUUGAAUGGCUGUGGUCUGGUUGACUUUAUACGUGUGUCAGUGUACAGGUAAGUGUGUGUGGGGGGGUGUGUGCACUCGUGUGUAUGUGCCAGUGGUCACUCAUGAUCACUGCCUGGGUACAGUGACUAGACCCUCAGACCCUAGAGCAGUAUUAUUGAAACAGAGAAGUUGGGGCUGCUUCAAGGGAAGUUGAUCCCAGGGGACAGUCCCCGACAAGGGGCUGGGGAAAAUGCAGGCACAGCCAGAUCAGGGAGCUGGACUCUCUCCUGACUGGGGAGCGGGACUCCUCUCGUCUGCCCGAUGUGGGGAGGGGCACCGUGUUGGUUCUGCUUGGGUGGUUGGCAGCGCUGCUUGGAGAGACCGCCCUCUUGUGGCGCAGAGAGACUGGCGCAAGGAUGUUUCUGAAAACAUUGGAUCACAGAUUUCGAGCCAGCAGAGACUUCCACCUUCCCUUCCCAUUUCACAGAAGAGGAAACUGAAGCCCAGGACGGCUAAGUGAUUCACCCAAAGUCACAGAGGCAGUGAACAUCAGCAGUUGGAUUUGAACCAGGGACAAGAGCUCUUCCUAUUGUACCACACUGCCUCCCUUGCUUGUAAAUAGGACUUUUUGUAAGUUUCAUUCUGUUAAAUGUUUUAGAGAAGCUUGCUGUUUAAAGGAUUGCUACAAUUAAUCCUUUUUCUAAUCAAAAGACAUUUCUCUGAAAAAAAAAACAACACAACUGUAUGAGGUUUGUUCCCAUUGCUCCCCACCCUGCUCCACUCAGCCCCUCUGUAUCUUCUUCUGUUUCUCUAGCUAUGACCAAAGCACCAGCUUGGGGGAGCGUUGGAACCAGGGUUCCUGGGUUGUAAUUUGCAAGGCUGGGAAGUAAACAUAGAGUUGGGGUGGGGAGAGGGUCACAGCUUGGGUGAAUGGGGGUGGCUGGGACAGGAGCGGCCCUCUUCUCCUGGGAUUUCUGUCACUGGACCUCAACCAUCCAGACAGCAGUUCCCAUUGGCAGCUAGGGCUAGAGGGUGUUUGAGAUCCCCAAGGCUCAAGCCCUUUCUUGGGUCUUUCCUGACCUGCACACAGCAUCCUCAGCAUUGGGUGUGCAGACCCAAGGUCUUCAUGGAGUAUGACAAAACCCGGUUUAGGGGAAUAUGUUAAAUGUCCCUAUCUAGAGGAAGAAAUCGCUGUGUUUUGUUUCCUCACCCAGAGCACUGGGUGAGAUGGUGUGUGUGUGUGUGUGUGUGUGUGUGUGUGUGUGUGUGUGUGAACAAAGACAAAGAUGCCUACUCACUUUCCAGGCUCUCCUGGGCAGCCUGGAGUUUGAGGGAGUGACCUGACAGAUCAAAAAUCUGCCCUGUAAAUGUUAUGUAAAUAGUGUCAUAGAUGUAGUGUAAAUAGUUUACCACUCCCUGUCACUUCCUAAAUAAAAA